AUGGAUCGUUAUGAGUUUGCGAAUGACUGGUUUGUGAGAGGUCAAAAGGAGUUGCUAAAGACUGUAAUCAGGAGGAAGAAUGUUCAGAGUGAGCAUCAGAGCAAAGCUACAGCUGCUCCUACUCAGGGAAAGUAUGAGAAGAGAGGAGCGAAGAUUUUGGAGGAAUUUACUGAUGAUGGAGAAACAAACUCGAAUGGUCUUCCUUUAGUAACAUACCAAAAGCCACAAUCAGAGGGAACAACAACAAAGUCAAGCUCGAAUGACAUAAAUGAUUUCUUGAGUAACGCUGACAUGUUGAAGUUCUGCUUGGAUGAGAAGAGUGUGCCAUUGAUCAUACCUGAUUUGUAUGAUGAUGGGGCUUGGGAAAAGCUUUUGUUGUUGAGCCCUUCAAAGAAGAAGAAGAAUGUGCAGGAGAAGAAUGUGAAGAAGGGAAAAGAUGAUGUGACAUUGGAGGAGAAGGAUGAUGAAAAUGGAGGAAGAAUGGAACUAGACAAGAGUAUUGCACUCGAGCUGAUAGAAGAAGAAAUGGAGAAAGCAGAUGAUUAUGAUAUUGGACAGCUUACUCCAGAGAGGUCUAGGAAUCUUGAGAUUCUUACACAGCAUAUGAGAUUGCUGGCUUCAGAUUAG